UUUAUUUGUCAAAAAUCAAAAUAGAAAUGACUUUAGUUCUUUUGUAAUGAAAAUAAAAUUAUAAAAUAUAUGAGCAAGAAAUAAAUUAAUUACAACAAAUUAAAUUUGUUCAGUUAUCAAGCUUCGAUUGUGUUAAAAUCCGAGUCUAGAGAUCAAGUAAAUCUUUUGCAGCCUACCCUAAUGAUUAGUCACCAUUUUCAGUUUUCAUUUGCAUGAGUAUUGUGUUUAUGUUCAACACUUACAUUAAUAAGAACUAUCGGAAUUAUCUCUUGUUUGCGAAGUCACCAGUGUGUAUUGUGUAGCUCUAAAGUCACUACUCAUUAGCAAAGAUUUAUUUAUCUACUCAUACAGCAUGAAUGUGUUAGGGGAAACUGAGGAGAAGAGAAAAGUUCCGACAAUGUUGCAGAAAUUAUUACGGUAUGAUAGCCAGGCUACAAAGAAAUUUGUGGAUAUGUCCCAUAACAUAACUGCUUUGAGAUCAUUACGCAUACAUUCAAAAUUUUUAGAGGUGUCGUGUCAUGGUAUAGUUUGGUUGGCGGGCUGGCUCAGCUUUAUUUGGUUGUUCAACAACAAAGAAUUGUAUCAAUUACAAGUCAAUGUAUUGAUUGCCCUUCUUUUAGACAUUGUAGUAAUAGCAAUCCUAAAAGCGUUUGUGAGAAGACGUCGUCCCGUUCCUAUGAAUAAACUACUUCCAGGGAAUCCUGACAAAUAUUCUUUUCCAUCCGGCCAUGCAAGUAGAGCGGCUCUGAUUGCAUUCAUUUUGAUCUGCGUAGAUCCAAUCUCAUUUAUAUUCUACCCUCCUUUAUUAGCAUGGGUAGGAGCUGUGGCUCUCUCGCGAGUGUUGGCUGAGAGACAUUACUUUUUAGAUGUCUUUGCUGGACUGGGCAUAGGAAUAUUGGAAGGGCUUUUGAUGUCUUUAAUCUGGUUCUCUCAAAGUACCGCCAUUAGUAUCAUAUCAACAUUGUCAGAUGAAAAAAAGGAUGGGGGAGAGUACCAUGUUUAGAAUAUAAUAUCAGAAUCUAUGUUCAAAAAUAAUAUUAGAUAUUUGUUUAUUAACCUUAUAGAAAUAAUAUUGUUGUAUAACUUAAUUAUUGAUUAUUCUGUUAAAGUUUACGUAAAUGAAUAAAGAGUGAGUAAAUCAA